AUGGCAGCUUGUCGGAAUCAGCCGCUUUUGGCGCCUGAUUACGCGCGUGUCUCGAAUAGAUUCCAUCGGGUGGUAUCAAACUGGUCUCUUCCCGAUUUGGAUAAAGUAAUAUGGGCCCUUGAAAGAGAUAAUAUGCUAUCUGUGGAGGAAUUGAGUAGGAUUGUACCUUCGAAAAAGAUCGAAGAAAUUGAACAGCUCAUCUCUUUGUGUUUGUCAAGUGAAGAAGCCGAUUUUGGAGGGAAUUUGGAACCACAACGGAUAUCUACCGAAGAAAGCACUCUUGAGAUCAUUAAGAACAGUGUUAAGUCAGUUGUGCCGGGUCAGUUUUCACCAGGGCCUGGGAUAUCAUCGGUCCUCCGAGAUAUUGCUAAAAAAGAGCGUUUUAACAAUAUGGACAAUGUAUGUGGUGCAAAGCGCUUGGGUGGCCAUAAAGGAUUCAUUUUGCCUGACUAUGGGCGAAUUUAUGAGUACAUCGCUGAUUUGCUCACACUUGCCAAAACUCGUCCGCAUAUUGGGGACAGUGAUAUGGUGGUCCUUCUUGAUAUGUUAUUCUGCCUUCUUCAAGCUACCGACUAUUUGCUAAGAAAGGGCUCCGCCGGAGACAUCGAACAGGCGUUUUCGGUUGUGAGGGAUAAAAUUGGCGUCCUUAUUUCCUCAAUCUCUGCUUCCUACCAACACCGAUGCGCGUUCCUAAAACAGAUAUCUGUCUCUUCGGUUUAUGAUAUUGACUCGCUUACCUCUUGCUUUCCUCAAGCUGCACUGACUUCUGCCCCUUGCCGACCCAAUGUGUUACCCUACAUGGCUCCUAUUCUUGUAGUGAAGGAGGCUCGGCUUUCCUACAAUGUUUCGCAAUGCGCUCUCCUGAAGAGGACAAUGAGGGAUGUAUUUAGACAGUACUGGCAGCCGCCCGUGAUGAAAGAGGAUGAGGACUUGCAGAUAGUUCAUAAGAAAUUAGCAAAGUUUAUAUUGAAUCCCCUCUGUUUGAAUGAAAAGCUUGUCCCUUCGGUGUGCGAAUACCUCUCUACGCUAAGCAUGCUGAUGCGACAUUACGAAGAACGCAUCACAUCCUUGACUUCAAUAACCACUACUGAAUCACAUAGCUUUUGUAAACAGAACGUGCUAAUUCAGUCUGCAGCGAAGCUCAUUGCUGACUACCGCUCUGGCAAAAAGAAUUUCGUUCGGCGUAUCAGUCUCCCCGUGGAAAGGCAUGAAAUAGACAAGUUUAUCAAUGCCGUGAGUUUCUCGUUCCCUUUAGCCAUGUUCAAGGCAAAGAAGGCCUCUUCGCGUCAACCUAAGCUAUACAGAAGAGUUGACUAA